ACUGGACUAACAUGGAGAGGUCGGCGAGCGCCGGGCGGUGCGGCUAAAGGCUUGGAUCUCCGUCGUCUCCUCUGCCGCCGCCGCCGCCGCUUGCAGCUCCCUUAAUCCGAAAAGCCUGCUUGAUUAACAAGCCAUGGAAGAUUGCGCCCUGCUGCCAGAUCUGCGAGACAUCGAGCUCAAGCUGGGGCGCAAAGUCCCCGAGAGCCUAGUGCGCUCCUUGCGGGGGGAGGAGCCCGUCGUCGCCCGCGACAGGGAGAAGGACCGCGAGCAACCCGGCGGAGGUCCUGGCGCCACCGGCUUCUCCGCCUCCCUGGCCCCCAGAGCCGCCAUACUCAGCAGCAGCAGCAGCAGCAGCAGCUCCAGCGCCCUAGAAAGACUGGAAACCAAACUUCACCUCCUCAGGCAAGAAAUGAUGGAUCUCCGAGCCACUGACGUCAAGCUAAUGCGACAGCUACUGAUCAUCAAUGAAAGCAUUGAAUCAAUUAAGUGGAUCAUGGAAGAAAAAGGCGCCAUCACCAGCAGGGGCAGCAGCUUGAGUGGAAGCCUUUGCAGCUUGCUGGAGAGUCAGGAGACCUCUCUGAGAGGCAGCUACAACAGUUUGCAAGACUGCAGUGAUGGACUAGAUGGAAUAUCCGUGGGGAGUUAUCUGGACACUUUGGCGGACGACGUCCCAGGCCAGCGUACUCCUUCGGACAUGGACCAGUUCAGUGACUCUUCUUUCAUAGACGACUCACAGUCCCUACAUAAACAUCCCAAGAUUGAGUCUGACGAGUACUACUGUUUCGGUUAAUAAGGCGAAACUCUAAGAGAGACACGUGUGCACUUGUAUUUAUGGUUCUUCUAUGCUGCUAUUCGUUUUAAGCAUUUUUAAAGCACCUUUAUAAAAGAUAACCUAUUUUAAUUAAA